CAUCAGACUCUGAUGACGAUAAAUUAGUAGUAGUAAUGUUAGCAUUGAUGGAGGAUGAGUGGAGGAAGUCAUCUUCUAAAACUCCUUGUAGAACAUCAGAUAAAAGAGGACAUGAUUGGGUGCAAGAGAUUCUCCGUGGACAUCCAAUUCGAAUAUAUGAGCAGUUAAGGAUGGAUAAAAGGACAUUUGUUCGCUAUGUGAGGAACUAAAACGAUAUGGAGGGUUGGAAUCAACAAAGAAUGUGACAGUUGAAGAACAAGUUGCAAUAUUUAUGAAAGUUGUUGGACACUCAUAGACCACUAGAGAUGGCGCAGAAAAGUUCCAGCAUUCCACAUCCACUAUAUCAAAGUACUUUGGCAUAGUGUUGAAAGCAGUCAAUAAAAUUGCAGUAAGGCUAAUUAAACCACCAGAUAUGGGUGUGGUUCCAGAGCAGAUCAUGGAUAACUCAAAAUUUUACCCGUAUUUUAAGGUUAACUUCUUAUCCUUUAUUUCAUAUUGCACAUGUUUCAUAUUAUGAUGAUCUUGAUAUAGUUAUAUUGUCUUACAAGAUGCUGUUGGUGCUAUAGAUGGAGUGCACAUUGAUGUUGUAGUUCCAACUGAUGAGCAAAUCCCCUAUCAAGGACGAAAAGCAAAAACAACACAAAAUGUUUUGUGUUUGUUCUUUUGAUAUGCUAUUUACUUAUGUAAUAGCAGGAUGGGAAGGCACUGCGAAUGAUGCUAGAAUACUAAUGGAGACAAUCGCAAAUCCAGAUAAUGAUUUUCCAAUGCCACCAAAAGGUAUGAUAUCUACAUUUCAUUCAUUUAUUAAUACAAUAUGAGUGAUAGUGAGAUCUUAUUAGUUUAUUUUCAACAUAUUCAUUUAGGUAACUAUUAUCUUGUGGAGUCUGGAUUUCAAAAAUAUCCCUGGAUUUCUAGCACCAUUUCGAGGAGCUACCUUUCAUUUUCAAGAGAUGAGGCGUAGAGGCGAACCAAGAGGGCGUAAAGAAUUAUUCAACUUUCGGCAUUCAAGUCUGCAUAAUGUGAUUGAGCGUUGCUUCGGAGUUUUAAAGGCAAGGUUUCCGAUUCUAAAGUUCAUGCGGUCGUAUAGCUUGAGGAAGCAAACAAGUAUUGUCAUUGCUUGUUGCGCCUUACAUAAUUUCAUCAAGAUUCAUGCCGAAGAUGAUAAACUAUUUCAUGAAUAUGAAAAUUAUGAAGAUGAAGAAGGUUCGACUUCUGGGGUUGAACUACCACUCACUGAGUUCAACGUCAGCUAUGCAGCUACACGUGAGAUGACCGAGAAGCGUGAUGCCAUUGCUAACCAGUUAUGGAGUGAUAAUCAUGUUUAGUAUUAUUUUUUUGUAAGGAACAUGAAUGAUCUUAGGUAUGUUGACUUUUGUGAGACUUCGCUUAAUAUUGAGGACAUAUCUCUUUUUUAUGGUUUUUAGUUCUUAUAGUAGUAACUAAACGUGUUUUUGUUUCUUGUUGUCAGUUUUCAUGAUUUUUCAAAUUUAUCAACUAAACAGGUUUGUGUUUUCUUUUUUUUCCUGUUAUGGUUGUACAUCUGUUUACACAACACCACUGCAACCACAACAGCAACAAAAUGAUACUAAGCGGGCCCUUAGUUGUGUAUAUUGAAAUGUAUGAUUCGCAACAGGAGGAACAAACUCAGUUUACAAACCUUUCAAACUAUGAAAAGUCAUCAUGAAUCGCUGUUAAAACAAUAAAAUUAUGCAUUUAUGAAUUAAUGUUUAAUUUUAUUUAUUGAUUUAUUUUCCUCACCCGACACCUCUUAUCAAGAAUCUCGGGUCUGCCAUUGUAGACAUUGGAAAAAUAGCCUUAUUUAGUAAGUUGGCCGGUUGGAACAAAAUUAGGGACGAGAAUUGACACUUGUAACGAUCAACAUAACGUGAUUAGAGAACGAGCAACAUAUCAAAUACCCUUACAUGUAUUUGAUAACAACUAAGGUACUCCUGCAGUAUACCAUACUCCAAAUGAUAGAUAUACUUCGUUGUACUUCAGCGAAUCAUAAUUGUCAAUUUUAUUAUCUAUUAACUUGAUCUUCGGGUUUGAGUUUAUGGAAUCUUGUAUGGGUAUGCAUUAUAAUUUAGGUUGUAGUAUUAUACCUUAAACAUAUUUUAAUUCAUGGUCUAAGUAAAAAUAUCACAUUAGAAGCACUCGGAGUAUCAUAUACCCGAGAAAUAUAGCAGUUUGACUUAUAUAUAUAGCGUAUAAUAUAUCCAUACGUUCGCACCCAUCAGAUGUACUUCGAUAUAUUUUAAAAAAUUAGAAUAAUUAAUUAAUUAAUUUUUAUUAUUAAAUUGAUCUUAUGGCUUGGGUUUAGUGAAUUAUGAAUUGAGGUUCGCCAAUUAUUUGAGGUCAGAGUAUAGUAUCAUGCACCAAAAUCUAGUUAAUUCAUGAUCUAAAUAAAAAAAUUCACUAAACAUACGAUAUAAAAAUUAGGAUUUUGCUACGGUGACAUGCAUGUCACCGUGACAUGGACUUUUCGGUCGACCUAAUCUUAAAGGCGGUCGACCGAAUUGACUAAUUUGGGCAGCACGAGAAAGCAUUGCAGUCGAACUAAUCCUAAAGGCGGUCGACCUCAAUUCAUAGCAUAAUUGAUGAGUCCUUGUUAUCAUUAUUUAUGACUAGUUAUGAUGGUUUAAAGCGUAAUUUAGACGAGCAAAAGAACCACACAAAUUGACAUAUAUAAGCAAAAAAAGACACGGGGCAUAGCUUGACUUUCUUGUAUUCGGUCGACCUCGUACCGGAUUAGGUCGACCUCAACGCCAACACUUGAUCUUCAUUUUACGUCAAAUGAUUGGAUAAAUUGAUAGAACACUUAUCGUCUAUCUGGUCGACCUCUUUCUUUAUCUGGUCGACCAUGUUGUUAAUGACUGUCAUCAAGUGGUCGACCUAUAUACCUUUACGGUCGACCAUGUUGUUUCUGACGCCAACGAAAUGGCCGACCGAGGUUUAUUAUGGUCAACCAAAAAUAACAACUUAAACUAAGAACGGUAGACCAGGUGGUCUUUGAGGUCGACCGCAAUGCUUUCUCGUGCUGCCCAAAUUAGUCAAUUCGGUCGACCGCCUUCAGAAUUAGGUCGACCGAAAAGUCCAUGUCACGAUGACAUGCAUGUCAUAGUAGGCAUAAUUAACGUGUACCAAACUUUCGAUAUUCUGAAUCAUAUAUAUUAUCUAUAAUUUACUAGUAGGACACAUCUAAAAAAUUAAUGUGUUCCCCGCUAACAUAGCAUGAUGACGGGUUUGUAAAAUCAUCCCAAAUGCUACUUCCCCCAAAAAAAUGGCAGUUUUUGG